GAUAAUGCGUUCUGGUAGUGAGGCUUUGUAGUUUCUGAUUAAUUUAUUUGUGAAACUGUUCCUGCUAAACCGGAGUAGUCUGUAUUUUGUUUUUUCCUCUAGAUUUUGUAUGUCGUUCCUGUUUUGUCUUGUCGUUUUUCGGGUUGAGACUUUUCAAAUCUCUCCAUGAGAACAUGGACACCCAGAAAGAUGUACCACCUCCCAAGCAGCAGCCCAUGAUAUACAUUUGUGGAGAAUGUCAUACAGAAAAUGAAAUUAAAGCAAGAGAUCCCAUCCGAUGCAGAGAAUGUGGUUACAGAAUAAUGUACAAGAAAAGAACAAAAAGAUUGGUUGUGUUUGAUGCUCGAUGAAGAAAGUUGAAGAUGCUUCUGUUUUUUCUCUGUGUAUAUUGAAUUUGAUUUCACGUUUUGUUAUGGGAAAGCAUAUUCUUUCAUCCUAAUGGUAAAUAAAUGAUAUGAUCAUAAUAAAGUUUUAUUCAAAAUA